AGGACACUGGUGUGUCCUGCUCCAUCUCCCCAUCUGUGCAACGAGAAGCCCAAGAUGCAGACCGUGUGGGCGACGCUGAUCUGCCUGGCUGGAGGGCAGCUUGCAAGUGCCACACUCUGCAAGACCUACGGCACCAUCCCAGGCAUCCCAGGGUCACCAGGACAACCUGGCAGCAACGGCAGAGAUGGGCAGAAUGGCAUAAAGGGCGAGCAAGGUCCCCCUGGCCAGGUGGAGUAUGAAGGAGACAUGGGGGAGAAGGGAGACCCAGGAGUGCCGGGGUACCCUGGGAAGAUCGGCCCCAAGGGCCCCCCGGGUUCAAAGGGAAUACCAGGUCCCAUGGGACUCCCCGGCCCUCAGGGAGACUCCGGUGACUACAAGACCACCCUCAAGUCCGCCUUCUCCGCUGCCAGGACUGUCGCCUCCUACCCACGCCGGGACCAGCCCAUCCGCUUCGACCGCAUCAUCACCAACGAGAAGGGCCACUACGAGAACCGGUAUGGCCGCUUCACCUGCCGGGUCCCGGGCAUCUACUACUUCACCUACCACGUCACCUCCAGGGGCAACCUGUGCCUCAACGUGAAAAAGGGCCGGGGUGGAAGCAGGGGCGAGAAGGUGGUGACCUUCUGCGACUACGUGCAGAGCAGCUACCAGGUCACCACGGGUGGCGUGGUCCUCAAGAUGGCAGCGAACGAGUCCGUCUGGCUGGAGCCAACGGAGAAGAACGCCCUGGUGGGGAUCGAAGGGUCCGACAGCAUCUUCUCCGGCUUCCUCAUCUUCCCUGAGGUUUAACCCACUGCAGGUGUCUCUCUGCAGCCCUCUCCUGCUGCUGGCUGGCCCCCGCAGGGCUGAGGACUCCCCUGGAAAUAACUCUUCAUUCCAGAUUUGGUGCCUUAAGCGCAUUGCUGCUGGUCUUGCACAUUAAAU